CAGAACACUUCUAACCCAUUCUGAUAUUAGUUUUUCCUUUUCUGAAUUCAUUGCACCAUUUUUGGGGCUGGAUCACUGUAGUACUCCCAAUGGUCUGUGGCAGACUCGGGGCAACUGUCCCCUCCCAAUAAUUUCUGAAAGCCUUUCAAGCGUUGUGACAACAACACGAUGGUAAUAUGGUGGCCACAAAUUCACCCCGUUUUUUUUUUGCCACAACUCACCCCCAAGUGCUAACCUUGGUUGCCAAAUGAACCCAAAGUUUUUGCCUUAUGACUUCAGAUUAGCAUUUCAUCACUAGCCAUAAGUGUAGGAUGACCAAUUUCUACAGAGGCACAUGACUUCUAUAUACUGCAGAUUUUUAAUCACACGCCUCUGUGACGAGACAUCAUAUGAGUAAAGACAAGUAUCAUCGAAGUCGGGCACUCCAAUGAGAAAUGGCAUCCGAAUAUAUAAAAUUUCUGACAUUCUCAUUCGCCCUGUUUGGAACAAGACGUCAAAUAAACCAAUGAGACUUGACAACGUGAAGAGAGGACAACACAAAAUAUGGUUGACUGGACAUAUAAAACAGAAAAUAUACAGUAAAUAUACGACAUAAAACAACGGCAAAACAACACAGAAACUAUUAUAAACGUUUUAUACGACGACAGUUUACAAACACAGAAACCAUAAAACCAAUACAACAUAUAUUUGGACUAAAACGUUAUUAAACACAGACAGAAAAUUACAAACAAAAACCAAUUCGAGUAAUCGAGUAUCUGUUUUGAACUUAACUACCAUUAAUGAUGCUAAAUAUCCCUACUUACCCUAUAUACAUUCCUGAACAUCGCCCACACUUUCCCUCUCUAUAUUCCUAAUUAUCCCAACUAUUUCUUACUACAUCCGUAAAUGUCCCUAACCUAAAUGCAUUACUGAAUAUCCCUCAUUAACCUUCCUACAUUCCUAAAUAUCGCCAGAUAGCCAAAAUUAACCCCAGGCUUCUGUUGCAGAGUUGUAGUUUCAAAAAUUUAUUUAAGUAUUAUUUGCAAAAGUGAACUAAAAUUAUGCUUUUAAAACUGCUUCAAAGUUUUUUAUUUUCAUUUUUAUCGUCAAGGGAAUUACGUUUUGCGGUUCAUGUGUAAAAUUCAAAGUUUAAGUUUGAUUUAAGCGGCUUACCGUGGCGCCAAUUUUCAAAUAAAAAUGGCCAUGGAUAUAAUUUCGGUGAAACGUGGUUCACAAUUUGUCGUUUUAUAUGUCGUGCUGUUGUUGGAAGCCAAUGUUGCUGAGAAGAGAUGCCUUUUGAAAGAUUGCUGGUAAUAUACUGUAUAUUCGUGUGCGGUAAAAAGUUUGUGUGAGAAAGUUGUUGAGGUGAGAAAGGCUGUAUUUUUAUUUUGUUUUACGGUAUUUUUACUAUUUUAUAUUUGCAAUGCCAAUGGUUAUGCUGAGGUGGGAAGGGGGUAUGGAUCACGUUUCACAACGAAAAAAAGCCGUUUCACGAUUCACGUGUCUUAAAAAAGCAAUUUCACGGAAAACUAGGUUCUAAUAAAAUAAUAUAAUAAUAAUAAUAGGUUUAUUACUAAGAAUUGUUUUUGUUUGUGGAAACACCACGUAAAUCCAUUACUGCAAAGGUUUAUUACUGUCGAUGCAAUGGAAGUGUUGAUAAAAUAUUGCAUGAAUUCAUUUCCUCAAGUUGAUCAAUUCAUACGAAUUCAAAUUUCUUUUUAUAGUCUAGGACCUGUAUAUGAGUUUGUAUGCAUUUCAUUUAGGACAGAUAAUCUCAACUGUUCUAGGGUAAGUUGACCAUGACGGUCAACAUGGUAACGCUGCCCGAACCCCAAUCCGGGGCGAAACGUCCGAAACUGACCACACCCAAAAACGACGCCUUCGCCAUACUGCUAUCUACCAAACCAUAAAAGCUUUGGCUAUUCUGAGGUGCUUAUAUGGUUCAGAGAUGGUACUUUUGGGGGUGGUCAUUGGUAAGUGUGAAAUGCCUAGCACUAAUAUUUCACAAGAAAAUGGCCAUGCAAUAAUCAUAGUUAAAUGUCAAUUUGUGGCUUGCAAGUUCAGACAAACAGCAGUGGACUUACAUUACCUUUUUCCCUAAAUCCUUUUGAUAAAAACAUAAAUGGUACUUAUUUAAAUAUAUUAUCACUGGUUUGGUGUAAAAUAGUUAAUAUUUUCUGACCGAAAUAAUAAUUCGAAAUGUGCCUACCUCCUGCAAAUGCACGUAUUUGGCCAAGUUCUCCACUUUACUCCGCUGUUUAUCAGCGAUCUCGUCGACAUCCUACAAAAAAUGUAAAUCAUCUCAGACAUAAUGGUAUCAAGAACAUUUUAAACAAGUUUCAACUUGGCUUCAAGUAGAUCAUACCUGUUUAACCAUCAACAAGGUAAAUCCACAACUUUGUCCAAAUUCGGCGCCAUUUUGUCAUCCCAUGUCGCUUGUUAACAAUUCAGCCUUAUUACUCUUCCAUCCAAGCCAUUUCCAUUCCACUAAUAAUCCACAAACCAUCUCUGAACCAUAUAAGCACCUCAGAAUAGCCAAAGCUCUUAUGGUUUGGUAGAUAGCAGUAUGGCGAAGGCGUCAUUUUUGGGUGUGGUCAGUUUCGGACGUUUCGCCCCGGAUUGGGGUUCGGGCAGCAUUACCAUGUUGACCGUCAUGGUCAACUUACCCUAAAACAGUUGAGAUUAUCUGUCCUAAAUGAAAUGCAUACAAACUCAUAUGCAGGUCCUAGACUAUUACUUCCUGUGCGUUUCCUAUUGGCCAAUUAGAUUUCGUUUCAGAACCGAUUCUAACAGGAAGUUGAUCAAUUUUCUAUCAAAUGAAUUGAUCAACUUGAGGAAGGAAUUGGUGCAAUAUUUUAUCAACACUUCCAUUGCACCGACAGUAAGAGUAUGUUUAAUGCAUGGUGCAGUAUUUACACUUUGUUAAGUUCUCUCACUUCUCUACCUGUCAGUUAAAAACUACAUCACAACCCCGAUCACAACUUACAAGUUUGAGUGACGAGUAUGUCCAGCGACCUCCGAAAGGCCUCCGAAGUUUUUACUCUUGUGCAAUCGAGUGAGAUCAUAUAAAUUGAUUAUCACGUAUCAUAUUUAUUAUGACUAUUAUGAAAUAGAUCGAAAUAAACAAGGCAAAAUUACAGUUCACGAAACAGACAUCCUUAAUUCUCAUUUCACAGAGCAUUUUUAUCGACAAUCACGCCUCACAGCUGUAAAACAAAUCACAUUUUACAACACUAAAAUCAAGCGUUUCACAUUUCACACAAACAAAUAUUGACCAUUCACGGCUCACAAAAAUACCCUUUUCCACCCUCUAUGCUUGCAAUGUUUUCUGCAACAAUUAUUAAAGUAACGCAAUUUCGGAUAAAGAGCCUAAAUGUAAAUAUCUAAAAAGUAGUCGCAGAGAAAAUUGAAAGAAGUGGGAUGAAAAAUGUUGGCAGAGUAAAGUUUUCUGCACGACUACUUUUUUGACAUGCAUAAUUUGCAAGUUGCAGCAAAGUUAGUUUCUUAUAUGAAAUGUUAGCAUUUCACUUGAUUGAAUAAUAGCCAAAGUGCAUUGUAGAUGGAAUAUUGAUAUUUACCCGUAACUUAACAGGUCAGUGCUUUAGGUACAGCCUGUGUGGAAAGUUUGUAUCGUGCGGCGGAUAUCUCUGGCGCACAAUUUUGAUGCUUUCUGUAUAUUUACUAUUAAAUUUUCAAAAUCUCUGGCGCACAAUUUCCAAACUUUCCAGUCUGGAGGUACGGUAGUGUAAUAUACACAUGAACUUGUGACUAGAACUUGAUGGAAUCGUUGUUGUCUCGUUGUUGUCUCGGAAUCACAGGGCCACAGGUGUGAUUCCUGCCAGGGUCCUGUAGUUGCAUUUUUUCUGUCUGUUCCUGGUUGGGUCUGGUGGGGCGUAAAAAAAUACCUGUGGUUCCGGUUCCCAACCGACCCUAUUUUUUCUGCCGACCCUAUUAUUUUUUCAACGUGAUUGACUGUGCAACCCUAUUUUCUCCGGGUGGUUGCAGACUACUGCCAAAAUGGCGUCUGUUGUCACACUAAUUAUUGAAAAAACCAUGAAAAAAGAUAUGUAUGCCAGCCCACGGGCUUGUUUGAUAUUUACACGCCAGUCAAAUAGACAUAAAAUUAAUGCAAUUGAACGUGUUGUUGCUUCCAGAAAUCGGCUUUCGUGUGCACCAAACAGGUGUAAAAGCAUCCUUGUUUUGCAACUUGGGCUGCAUUUGAUGUAGGUCGUCUUCGGCAUGAGGUUUAUAUGGAAUGCAGCAUGGCGCAUGCACGGUAUACAACAAGUGUAUUUUGAGCAACACCCUAACUUUACAGCAUGGGUAACAUGGCUUUUAGUCUAUGGGGUGAUGUUUUCUUAUGUUGUUCUUUGUUCUUUUAACUAAACUAAAGAAACAUUUAGCUAUAUAGCCAUAGGACACCCCACCGAACUGAUAGGAUGCGCAAGAACUCUAUACAAUUUAACCUUUCAUAUAUAUUCAUUUUUGUUAGUUUUAUAAUUUUUUAUUCUUUUAUUUUUUAAAAUUUUUUUUAUCAGGGCUCCACUGAAAAUCACUUUCGUGAGUGGACCCCCUGACUAAAUAUUGUAAUUAUUAUUAUUAACAUGCUAAAAUGGUAGCAAAUAAAUUUAAGUGGUUUUAAAAGUGUGAAUGUUGUAUGUAUGCAUCAGCUGUGGUGCCUAAAUUACUACUUGACAGUAGAAGUAAUUAACAAUAAAAUUACUGUCUCAGAGUAAGAGUAAAAAGUACUGGAUGCAAAACAUACUAAUUAAGACAGUGAAAAGUACAAAGUAUCCUUAAAAAAUACUUGAAGUAAAAAGUAAAAGUACUAAUGUCUGUAACAUGUGUGGAGAUCCAAUGGAUUGGCAUACAAAAGACACAAAACAACACAUGCAUUAUAUGUGUGCACCUAAUAUACAACAUUUCAUGGCAUGGUCUACUUUCCAGACACCGGAACUGAAGAUAUAAGAAAUCCAUUAAAUAAAUAAUGCUUAUCGGAAAGCCACAAACGAGAGAUCCCACUCAGACACAUGUAGAGGCCCUAUUAGGCCAAAUAAAAAAAAAAAUACUUGGUUAGCGUCACCGCCCGCCUCUCUAUUUUCUGCCGCCUCUGAAUUUUUUAAAAAUUUUUUAUGUAAAUCUCUUCGUUUUACAGCUUAAAACAGUUUAAUAUUUGAAAUUUUUCUCAUGCUCAGACAUUCGCGCUAUAUACUGAUCGAUAGAAGCGCGUAGGCUUGGGUAUACAAGGUUCUUAAAGCAAAAUGGCGGCCUUCGCAACAUCAGUACAAAAAAUAUCACCGAUAUGGUGGAAAAACCACCCCCCCAUCCCCACCAAAAAUACUAUUAAAAAAUUAGAAAACGAGUAAUAAUUAAAAAAAAAAUCCGCCCGCCUCUGAAAAUUUGUGAGAGUGUGACGCUAACCAAGUAUUAUUUUUUACCUGGCCUUACUUAUCCCAAAAUUAAAAUAAAUCCACAAUAAAUCACAUAAAAUUAAACAAAUUUAAAUUAGAAAGUAACAAAGUAAAACGUUACUUCUUAAAACGACUUUGUUCCAAGUAAAAGUACUCCAGAAAAAGUUUACUUUGUUGCAUGCAGACUUCUCAAAAGUAGUAUACUCAAGUACAGUAACGAAGUGCAUUUACUUCAAUCGUUACUUAACACCACUGUGCAUCAGGCACGGAGUGUAAUAUAAUGUGUUCCAGGAUUAUUAGAGCUGUAGCACGUAUUGGGAUUUGGUGUCAGAAUUGAGUAUCUACCGCAAUGUUUCUUUUACUUCUGUAACAGUAAAUACUGUACACUAAAUGUGCAAGAUAUUUAGACAGUUUUCUUGUAAUUAAGGUGCAGUUUAAAAUGUCUGAAGUUGAUCUUGAUGAUGCAAUUGCAUCCAUCUUGGCUGAUAGUGAUGAAGGUACAGAAUGAUCUACUGUAUUUUAUUUUAAAACCAUCUAGUGCAGAUAUUUUGUGUUGCCAUACAAAACAGUAAUGAAUUAAAAUUGAUGUUUUUGGUGGGUCAAAACUAUUGUGAGUCAUUAAGCCUGAAAUAACGACAAAAAAUUGUCUGGAAAAUAGUCCAAACUGAAAUUUGAUUGAAAACUUUAAAAUUAACUCAACAUUUUUCAAUUUCAUUUUGAAUCCAAGCGUCUGUAAUAGGUUAAAUCCGACAUUAUAAUAAAAGUUUUGAAAGUUUGUUCAAUGAAGCCCGGAAAGAGUUUGAACAAAAUCUUUUAAUUAUUGACAUUUCUUCCUUGUCUUAAUUCUCUCUUACAAUGCACUUAUAUGCUGCAGACACGAGUAUAUAUUAAAAACAUCCUUUAUACAUUAAAAAAUAUUUGCUAAAAAAAACUCAUCCACCUUAUUCAGUUGUUUGCCAUCUUUAAAAAGACAAGGAAGAAAUGUCGGUAAUUAAAAGAUUGCAUAAUAAAAGUGCUUUAAUUCAAAUUUGAUAAUUGUGUAAUCUUUGCUGGAUGAUCAGAUGAAGUCUUUGGUAAUGAACCCAUUCUUUCAAGAACACUGAUUGUUAUGUUUUGUUUGGACAAACGAUCCGACCAUUUUAGUAUUUGAUUUGAAAAAACUGCAAUUUGGUUGGGAAACAUCCAAUGUCCAAUGUAAUGUUGUGUUGUAAACUAAGUGAAAUGAGAAGAGUAAUUUGCCACUCUUAUGCUUAAUUCAUACAAAAUUCCAAGUCUGAGAAACAAUAGGGGUUUCAAGGUUUCUGACACCAUCCUGAAUCUAUUUUUUUCACCGUUGUGUUUGCACCCCCUGCAAAUUUACCUAUAGAGGGAAUUCCAUUGUGUUUGCACCCCUUGCAUGUGUUUCGUUAUGGCAUUGGAGACCUUGAUCUAACAAUCUAGGACGAAAUCUUUUAAUACCAACAAUCUCUAUCCAUUAUAUCACUGCAGAUACAGCAUCAAAAAAGAAGAAGCAUUCAUCAAAGAGAAAGGUACCAGUUUGCCUUAAGCUAUGUACUAACUAAGAAAAAUGAUGAAAUUUAAACAGAACAUCUAUCUUGACAUUCUUCUUUAUUUAGAGUUCAAAAUUGUCUUCCAAAGCUUUAACUUCAAGGUAAAAUCAAUCAUAAAUUAUGACAUAAAUUCUCUAUUAAGUACCUAUUGUAACUCUAUGAUAGUUGGUUAGUUUCAGUGUGUAUGUGCAAGACUGCUGAUGUAUUAUUUAAUAUGUGCAUGGUCAUCUUCAGAAAGACACUAAUUAUACAAUGUCAUGUACAGGGGCAAUAAAAUUAUAUCUUCAUGAUCAUUUCUAUUAAUUUGCCACCAAUUACAUGACUGCAGGGCUUGAAGUAGAACAAGAAAUAUGGCCUGCCAGUCGAAAAUUUUUUGGCAGGUGAAAUAAAUUUUUGCCUGCCAUUUUUAUUCAAUUAGUCGUAUUGUAAAAAUCAAUGUUUUCAUGAUAUGCAUUUUUAUUAUUUUAUUUAUUUUUACUAUUUCACUGCAGUAAACUCGAAUUUACUUUUCGAAUAUAAACGUAUUUAGUCAACCAAAUGAUCUAGUACUGUACAUGUGAGUUGUGGUAAGCAAAUGAUAUGAAAUAUAUCUAUAGGAUUUCCCCUGCCAUUUUUUUUACCAAUGGCAGUUCAAAUUUGUUGUUGCCUGCCAUUACUAAAAUAUGGCCUGCUUUUGGCAAUUGGCAGCCCGCUAUUUCGAGAAUUCGAGCCCUGCAAGACUGUUGCACAAAUUGAAAACAAUUAACAUUUUAUAUUUUCAUUCAUAUAAAUGUUGGAUAGUAAAUAAUGAAACCUAUAACUAUAUACAACACGUUCCAGAGCUAAGUGCGAUAUUCUAUUUAGCAAUUUUGUGGACAAAAUCUUUUUUAUUACGAGAUUUUAGCCACAAAUUUAGAUUUUGUUUGGACAUUUAUGACCAAUUAAUCCCACUUUUUCCAAAGAAGAUUCUUUCUCAGGAGAAUUACGUUAAUCCGUACAUAAUUUUGCGUUGUUCCACUUAAUUUACGUUUGUCAAAACUCUUCGUUAUUGCCAAAAACUGACAAACAAUUAUUUCUAUAAAAACUGUUCGGACGUAUUUGUUAUAAUAUUUAAAAUUGGCAUAAUUUUGAAAAGUAACACUUGCUAAAUUGUACAGAAAUCAAGUAAACUUUAUUCAUACAACAAAAUGCCCUUAAUUUCAAAACAAGUCCAUGUAACCAUUCCAAAAGCAACAAUAUUGACAAGUUAAAAAGUCAUUGGAACACAAAUAUGUAAAACACAUAACAAACGACAUGGACGCAUCCAUGUGAAGUUAAAAAGUCAUUGGAAAACUGCAAAUAUACAUGCAUGGCAUGGACGCGUCCAUGCCAAGUUAAAAACGUCAUUCGAACACAAAGGUGUAUUUGUCCAUUUUUCAAGUAAAUAGAAUAUCACACCUUGCUCUGGAACGUGUUAUACAAAUGUCAAUGUGUUCUGUCUGAUAUUCAACAGAACUUUUAAAUUGAUACAGUUUGUGUAUGUGAAUUCUAGUGUGAACGAUGAAGAUUUUUACAAGAACUUAUCAAAAAUAUCUGAAGAGCAAAGCAACGAAAAGCAGGUAGGCAUACGUAUGUAGAUACUUAGAUACUGUAGAUAUGGAAAAACUUUAUUUAAGCUGAUUUCCACGAGGGGCGUGCAAAAAAGUAUACAG